CACUGAAUCUAGUAGAUCGUCGUUUAGACAAGCCUUUCCCCACGUUCCUAUCAAUCCAGAACAUUGGGCGCAGAUUGAUAUGGGUUCGCAUGACCCACUCGGAGCCGCGUACCAUGUAGCAACGCCCAACCUUUCCAUCCAUCUUCCGAUUUGAUCAUCUCUCUGGUUCAACAUUGAUAGUUCCUGUGCACCUACGCCCAACACAGCAAACUCCAAAUCGAGGCCGUAAGCUGUCACCGUAAGCAUCUGAUCACGAUGGCGUACGGACGCGGUGGUGCAGGCAAUUACUACGCGGCGCAAGAGCAAAGUAAGAAGACUGCCGAGGACGUCGAAGCCAACCGCUCUUCCACCGCUGCCGCUGGGCAACCUUCACGCGACCCUUCACAAGUGCAACCCUCCAAUGCGUCCCAAGACUACGCACACAUGGGUCGUGGUGGUGCCGGCAACUGGUACCAGCCCACUGAACUUCAGAAAGAGGGCACCUUCACGCAGGCCGCGGACGCAACUGCUAUACCUACAUCAUCGAAACCACAAAUAAGCAAGCCAUGGCAUCCAGAAGGCCAGGAACUUCCAGUUGCAAGGAGUGGGAGAGGUGGGGCCGGUAACUUUGUAUGGAAAAGUGAGGAAUCAACGAAGGCACAGACCCAAGAUGAAGAAAAGAGAAUUGAGGGGUUAAGGAACGAAGUGGAGAGAAGUGUUGAAGCUGGUUUGGCGAAACCACCUGGUGCGCUGCUUGGAAAGGAAACGCAGAAGGGUUGGUGAGCUGUGUAGUACCUAAGUAACAUCUCGUGGUCUAUGCGCGAAGUCAGCGCAGGGUGAUCUGUAAAUUUCAAGAUUAAUGUGGAAAACAUUCGAUCGCGAAACAACGAAGCUCUGUCUUAUGCA